GCUAUGCCUUCGAUUUGCUGAGCGAAUGUAGCGCGGCGAGUGUUAGGUUCUGGGUCAGACAUGUGGCGCGGUGGGAGGUGCACAAACUGUAAACAGAAAUAAACUAGCGGUAGAAGUGGUGCGUCCGCUUUGUGAGAGUGAGAACGAACAUGGCGUUUGUUUAGUGCGCGCGCGCAUGAGUGAGAGCGACCGAGCGAGCGUCGUCAAGCUCCAACUAUGAUGAACGAACUUUGUGCGGAGCGGUUGUGUGGUCGGUGGCAUUUUCGUUGGUCGUUAGUCGUUAGUUUCGAAUUUGAUGGCUGCUGUGAUGGUAAAAUCAAGCGGCACGUCGAAAUACAUUACGCGUAUAGAUUUUUUCUCUAUAAUAUUCGUACUAUAGCGGGUCAACAAAAGAAAAAAAUAAAUAAAAUAAUGUGAGUGUGUGCGUGCACUUGUAAACGACGCUGACAACAACAAACUUUUAUAAAUUCUGAUAGAGGCUACUAAAGAAUAGACAUUACUCAACACUGACGGAUGUGUAAAUAAUAAUUAAUAAUAAUUUUAAACAGAAAAUAAAGUAUUAAUAAUAAAAUAUAAUAAAAUAAAGUUACUCAAAAUGAAGCUGGACACCACAACCAAAACGCUAAAAGUGCGCGAAUUCAAUGAACUUCUGAGCUGCUAUUUGUGCAAAGGCUAUUUGAUAAAUCCAACAACGGUGGACAUUUGCUUGCACACAUAUUGUCGCAGUUGUAUUGUCCAACAUUUACUUCGUGAAACAUGUUGUCCACAGUGCAAAAUUGACGGCGUUGGCAAACAAAUUACCGAAACCAAUUUGAAAUCCGAUGAUGUGCUGCGAGCUUUAGUAUUUAAGUUGGUACCUGGUUUGUACCAAAAAGAGCGCGAGCGGGCAAUACAAUUCAAAGCCACACUACGGAAUGGGCAACAGACUACUGAUAGUGAGGAGGCGGGUUGCACUGUUGGCUGUGAGCAGGACUCAGUUGAAGAGAAUUUCUUUGCGCCAACCGAACCAAUUAGUUUGUCAUUGGAAUAUCAUCCGGCGUUGUUGAAGGGCUGCAGCACUAGUCAAAUUCCACCAGUACGUUACCUGCAAUGUCCAGCUGGUCUAAAGAUACGUCACUUGAAACGUUUUCUCUGCUCAAAAUUCGACAUUGACCCGGAGAGCAGGCGAAUCGAGGUGGAAGUGAUUUAUGAGGAUGAGGUGUUACGGAACGAUUUCACGCUCAUGGAUGUGGGCUAUUGUUAUGACUGGAAGAGGAAUGCGCCCAUGAAAUUUACCUAUCGCAUACUUUUCUAUGGUGAUGAGUUGCCAAAACUCGAAAAUGAAGUCAACAAAUCCGAAAUAGAAAUCAUACGGAAUGAUCGCGUGGACACCAUAAAAGCGACAGAUUCACAACAAGACAAAGAUGUCACCAUUUGUGAUGAGACGAGCAUCAGAACACUGUCCUCUACUUCCUCACCGCCUUCGCUUAACUUUCGUGCCCAUUCAACAUUGCAAAAAACAGCCAAAAGCAAGAGCAAGUCCUCUAAGUCCACCAAACCGGCGUUUAACAAAACGUCAAGUAAAGUAGCGACCGAAGAGGUAAAUGCGCCUGUGAAAAUGAUAAUUGCGCGGAAAUCGAGUGCUGAUUGCGGGAAGAAGCCCUCUCCAAAACGCAACGGUGCUGAGGAAGUAACAUAUACAGUAACGAAUGAUUUCAAGAGUCUACGGAGUAAUGAUAUGCGAUAUAGCGACUAUGCCGUCUCAUCCACCACAAACAACAGCAACUCACCAAAGAGUUCGCCGAAGAGUGCACAGCGCUCGCCCAAAGCGUUGGAUGUUGAGAUUGUUGCUGAAUCGCCAACCUCUCCGGUGGCCACUGUGGUGCCCAAAUGUAAUAUUGUUGUAAGCAUACCACAGUCGCAGAUGCCGAAGUCGCCGUACUCAGUCGAAGAUGAAUUUGAAAAUGUAUCAUUAGCUCAGUUGAAGACAGCUAGCAAGAAGUCACCACCAUCUACUACGACGACCACCGUCAUGCCAGAGCCCCUCAAAAGUGUAACAACUAGAAAUGUGCCAAAGUUAAAAAUUGAAUUGAACAGUUUGAAGACGCGACUAAGCAUUUCUAAACCGAAAUCAGCGGGUGUGUUGCAGGGCGCUGGCGCUUCAGAGAAGCGUGAGCGCGUCAAGCAGCGCAAGCACUCACUGGAUGAUGUGGCUGCACCUUUAAAUGAUCGUUUGGAUUUGGAGACAUACGCGAAGAAUAUUGGCUUGCAACCCAUAGAGGUAUUGACGCCGCCCGAGUCAGCAGAAUCGUGUGACAAGCUUAAAUACAGUCCGAAUGCUUCCCCCCUUUCUUCAGCUUCAUCAACUACCAGCUCAUCGAAUAAUGCAUUUCCCUUGACCGCAUCCACAGAGUUAGCUACUACUUCUUUCCAUAAGAAAAGGAAAAAGAAGCAUUCCAAAGAUUCAAAGGACUCAAAAGACAGCAAGCGGCGUAGAAUGCAUGCAGAGAUAUCCAGUAAACCGGAAGAGGAAAGCCCUGGCCUUAAGAUGAAGGUUAAACUCACGACGCCACAUAAUCAUAGAUCGCACAAAUCGGAUAGCUCUGGCACGAAGAAGAAUAGUGAUGAAUUACGUAAGUCGCAAGCGGAAGUUAAGGAUGCCAAUGUAUUAUUGGCUAGUGGGUCCUCAAAUGCAAAUGACAGUCUUUUGGCGUUAAACAAGAUACUCGGCGAGGAAUCACGCAGUAUUAAUCAUCUUAUGAUGGAGAAAGAGAAGACCAAAGAGAUCGUCAAAGUUGUAAAAGCCGAUGAAACAUUACUGUCCUUACCGCAAUCUAAUUUGAUACCAAAACCCGUAAACAACAUUAAAGACGUAAAGUUACCAGCAUCUCCGCCGUUACCUCCUAGCCUCUUCAAGACAACUCCACUCAACUUUAAUACACUAACUGUCACCAGUACGACUGCUGGAAAGUCCACGAUCAGCGCCAUCAAACAUUCCGAAGUAGUGAAACAAAAGCAGUCAUUGCUACCAGGAACAAAACCAUCCUCGGUUCCGCAGUAUAACAGACAAAGUUCCCUAAAUGCAAUUGGACCGAAGACGCAUCCCCAUUUUAUAGUUCCUAGCUUACCACGCCGCUCUUCACCCGCAUCAAAUAGUUCAUACACACCUUCAUCUAUAGCCAGCGCCAGCAGCAAACAGUUUGGUAUGCACCUAAAGCGCUCUGCUUCUUUGGAUGAGUCCUACACACUUGGUGGACGUGGAAAACAGCCAAAGCUGGAUGCGUCCCAGCGCAAGUCUCUCUAUAGCAGUUAUGCGAAUAAACCAUUUACUCCCCCCUCCACUGUUAGUAUUACCAAGAUCGCCGACACUGUAUCCCAUGUGCAAAGUUCCAGCGGCAGCGAUAGCGCGGUCACAAUUACAGCACGAGUACCUGGUGGUGCUACACAGGCCCAAUCCCGUUGUCAACUGCCACCGUAUACCCAGUUGCAUUUGCCUUUCAACAAACCCGCCGUAGAAAUUGUGCGCAUUAGCUCGAGCCAAGGGUCCACCGAUGUGCAAAUGAAUUCACAGAAAAGCGGGCGUGUGAUGGGGCCGCCACUGUCGAUGGUCAAAGGCAAGAAAGCCAUUGCACAGCAAAUGGGCCAUUUGCCCUCCUCCGGCGUAGUAAAAUCUUCGUCAACAGCUUUGAAUGCCACGUCCUUAGGACAUGGUAGAAAUAAUCCUUAUCGCGUGUCACCACCAGCGCUUGUAAAUAUUCAUGGAACAACUUUUUCGGCAGCUAAGAGAGUCGGCUCUAAGGCCGCCGAGAUGGCUUGUAAUAAACAGGAGAGUAAUGGGAUUACAAAUGGUGCUACAGAAAAGCAAUUACAUCAGCAACGAAUAAGUUUGCGUGACUUUAGACCAACCUCACGGGAUCAUAGUAUAGAUAUGGUUGACGUUAUCGGGGGCGUAGGUGGCAAAGACGAAUUUCGGUUGACCGAUACUACAGGUAGUACUCCAGCAACAGUCCCAUCGGCUAGAGAAAGUCUCGAGGCUGCUUUGAAUAAGAUCAAACAGAACAUCACCUCCACAACGGUACAAGACAGUGCCUCUGCUUCUGGCUCCAAGCAGCAUCAGCUGACCACGGCCACAGAUAUGAGCAGCGAGGAUCUGCAGAAUCUACACUUACUUUCCGAGUCGGCAACAGCGCGAGAGAAAAUAACAAUACGUGCAUCACAGUCGUACGAGAAACCGAAGGCACAACAAUCCUCAUUGGUGCGGCAGCAAAAUGCUUCCGUGCGCAACAUACCCAACCCAUCAGCCCUUGCGUUUCGAAAUAUGUCGACGCUACCUGCUGUGAGCUCGACUGCAGUGGCUGUGAGCCUAACUGAUACCAACCCCACCAACACUACCACUUGCUCUUCAUCCACAUCCACCACCAGUUCCACCUCUCCACCUACACAAAAGAAAUUGCCGCUCGUAACGCUGCCUUUAACCAACGUUUCGGCUCCUCUCAGUCCGAGUCUUAUGAUUCAUUCGAUUACAACCACUAGCGGUACUGCCACCGCCACUGCCACCAGCAUAACAACGACAGCGACACGCACCAUUAAGAAGCCGACAACCAUCGAUCAAGUGGCUGCCAAUUUGAAUAUGCGCGCCUCCGCGGCCGCCGCUGAAGCCUAUGCGGCCAAACUAAGUGCCGCGGAGGAUGCGGCGCAAAUAACUUCGUCCACAUGCACUUCCACUACGAUUCAGAGCAACAUGAACGACAAAAAAAAUACGACUUCGGCUACAAAUAUGGCGUCCUCAACCACAGUCAACAUGCCGUCGCCAGCAGAAGGCGCAACUGAGCAGGUGAAGAAAAUGGUGAAGGUGAGCGGAGAGGAUGAGAGUGUAAAAGCGAAAGUGUUGCCAAAAUCCAUUGCUGAUAGUGAUGUGACAACUGCAAUCAUUACUGAUGUUGCUAGCAUAAAAAAUGCUCGAAACAAUAACAACAAUAAUAACAACAGUAAUAACAAGAACAACAAUACCAGUAACAGCAACGUUAAAUAUGGGGUGACGGCAGCUAGCGUGGCGAGUGAUUAAGAUAUAGCCAACCGAUGCGAAAUUUUCUUCGAAAUAGUGGACUCAGAAGUCAAAUAUUUUUGGAGAUGGACGGACAGUGAUGAGGAUUCGAAUCCGGAUUAAAUCGCUAAAAUGGUAAUUCAUUUAAAUAGAAAAUAAUUACUUGCAAAGUAGUAGGAAGUCAUAAACAUAAAAAUAUGACUAAAAAUUAUUUUCUAAUAUAAGUUUUGAUGGAGGAAAAAUAUAAAUUUUUAACUACUCAUCUACACAGCAAAAACAUGUUUAAAAAGCUAAAUUAGUACUCUCAAAAUUUAGCAUUAAAAAAAAUCUACAUCAUUAUUAAUGUUUAGUGAACGGCGAAACACAGCAAUAAGUUGGUAGAAAUCUGUAAAAUUGAGUGUAUUUGAGGAAAAAUAAAUACAUACAUAAAUUCACUUGAAUUAUUUUGAUGUACCUAAGAUGAUAUUAAAAAUUAAAUAUAAUACUUACAUAAAUAUAUACAUACACAAAAUAUUAAUCGGCAAUAAAUGUUUUAGAAAUAUAGAUUACUUUACAAACUAAUUUAGGUUUAAUAUUAUAUAUGAAAUGUUUUAAUUGAGUGAUUUAAGUAAUUAAGCGCAAAAGAAAUAAUAGGCGAAUGUGUAUGUAUGUAUAAUGAAAUAUUUAUUCUUAUGGAUUAAAGCUGGAUCAAGGUGAGAAAAUGUGCUUAUGUGUAUAUAUAUUUUGAUAAUUUCAUAUAAACUUAGACGAUUUUGAUGAACAAUUUUCCUUAAAGUUUAGUGAGUAUUCCAGCACUAAUAUAAAAUACCCGCGCCCUGACAUAUAUGUAGUAAAUUUUAAAUAAUUUCUGUGGACUUUUGGUAGAACAACAUAAGCUGAGUUAGCAUUUUCUAGCUGCCAAGAACCAAUUUGAUUUAAUUUUUAAAACAUUAAUGCAGUCGCUGCCAUCUUAUCUAAUAGUAACUCCGUAGAGGUCACCUAACAACUCAAAAAUGGCUGAUUAUACGAUUACUGAACUCAAGAGAUGGAUUUUUGGACAAAUUGUGCGACGCAUAGUUGAUGGCAGUAGAGCUCACCAACAUCAAAUUCUUCCAAGUAUAGGCAAAAAAAAAAAAAUUGCAUGUCUCCCUAGCGUCCUCUAAAGUAACGUAACGCUGUUGUUCCGUUCCGAUUGCUCCUUUUAGUCACAUCAUCCGUGUACAACUGUUUUUCUAUGACGGAAAUAUGAAAUAAAGAAAUAUAAAAAAAUUCGUUUUAAAGUAGCCUCCAAGUAAAAAAUGCUCUUUAUCCGAAAAUAUGAUUUUUUCACAAAAUCGCCUUAAAUUUUUAGAAUUUUUCUCCGGCUGAUAAAUAUACAAUCGGCAACAACGGCAAUAUGUUACUCGCCGUGAAGAGGAAAUCUCCCUUUACAUCCGCACGCACUUGGGCAACAGGCUAUUAUAAUUUUGUUCACAUAACGGUUGUAUUUUCGUUUAAACGCUUAAUCGUCCAUACUCCCAUUUGAUCCUUUCCUUUAAUAUAUUCUAUAUUAAACUGAUAUUCUCCUCAUUUUAAUAGCCAUCUUUGAUGUGUCGGUGACAUAUCUUUACCUCUAUAUUUUGAAAGUAAAUAUUUUAUUGGUUGAUGGUCUGUUACUAUUUUGAAUUUCCUUCCAUACAAGUAUGGUCUAAAAUAAUUCACGCUCUACAUAAUAGCUAAAAAUUCUUUGCCAGUUGCUGAGUAGUUUUGCUCGUGUUUGUUUAGUGUUCUUGACGCGAAGCAUACUGGAUGUCCUUCUUGUGAUAUAAAUGCGCCAAUUGCAUAAUUCGAUGCAUCUGUGGUAAGUGUAAAUUCUUUUUCAAAAUUUGGGUAUCGCAAAAUUGGAUGCGAACUGAUCAAUAGUUUAAGUUUUUCAAAAGCCUCUAUAUAUGUGGGAUCUUUUACAUUAAUUUUUACGCUCUUUUUUAAAUAUUUUGUAAUGGGCUGUGCUACCUUGGCAUAAUCUUUAAUGAAUUUCCGAUAGUAGCCAGUAAGUCCUAAAAAACUUUUUAUUUGUUUCUCAGUUUUAGGUAAUACAAGAUUUUCAAUUACUUUAAUUUUAUUUGGGUUCGGCGUCAUGCCGUCUUUUGUCAAAAUAUGCCCUAGAAAUUCCGUUUCUUUCUUUAAAAAAUUGCAUUUGUCUAUUUGUGUUUUCAAAUUUUUAUAUUCAAGAACUUUAAAUAUUUCCUGUAUUGCUUUGAUGUGCUCACUUAAUGAUGUACUAAAUAUUAAGAUAUCGUCCAAAUAUACAACGCAAGUUUUGUUUAUGUAGUCUCUUAAAAUUUCGUUCAUUAGCCUUUGAAAUGUGGCUGGUGCAUUCUUUAAAUCAAAUGGCAUUCUUAUG